UAAUAACUGUCACCCUGCCAUUGAUUUCUUUCUUCUGUAUAUGGAAAUGAAAUUAAAGCAUCACUAAAAGACAAUGGCUCUGCAGUCUAGAUAUCAAAAUCCUUAUUUUAAUAUGAAAUAUCAGAAAAAUUAUGAGGGUGUUGCAGGUGUUUUCAGACCCAAAAUGGGUGCUGUCAUUCUGCACUAAUAGAUCACCAUAUAUUGUGCAAUGCUUUUAGAUUGAUUGUAAGAAAGAUAGGCUUAGACUUUGGCUUGGCUUAAGGGUGAAAGAGAGUGGAAAACAGACUACUCUUAGAGCACCUAGUGAGGUGUCAAAAGAAGGUGAAACUUGUGCUAGUGAAGCAAAAUCACUUGCUUCUCAAGCAAAAUCUCUCUCAGCUCUCUGCAAGACUCAUCUGAUAAAACUUUGGAGUUUAUUCUGAUCUUUUUGGGAACUACAAUUGUUAGCUACCCUUUCUCCCCUUCUUAUAUUUCACAUUUCACACCAAAUCAAUAAUCAUGCCUUGCCUCUUGUUGUGAAGGGAGAAGCAACAUUCACAUCAUCAUCAUCACAUUCAUCAUUUGCUGUUUUGAAAAUAGAAAAAUGAAAGUAACAUUAUGUUGUUUUCUUCUGCUAGCUCUACAAAUAACUAGUUGGGAAUCUGCAGUUUUAGCCACAAGAUCCUUUCCUCCUUCUGAUACCAUGUCCAAUCCAGGCCCCCAAGAGGCACCAGUACCAAUGUCUUCACCACAGAAUACUGUAGAAUCAGAAAAGGGUCUAAUGGACAAGAAAGUUAUGUCGGAUUCAAUGGAAAAAACAUACAACAUAGGAGUGAGGAAAAUAGGAUCAAUUCCACCAAGUUGUGACCACAAGUGUUAUGGUUGCACUCCAUGUGAAGCUAUUCAAGUUCCCAGCACCAGCAGUAGAAACAAUCAUUUGGGUUUGCAGUACUCAAAUUAUGAGCCAGAGAGUUGGAAAUGCAAGUGUGGUCCUUCCCUCUACAGCCCCUGAUGAAUAUAAUAUAUGUUUCUCCUGUUCAUACCAUUCAAUAUGAAUAUAGUAGUUCAUAUAUAA